AUGGAUAACAGAAACGGAUCACGUAACCCUAGAAGGCCGGAGGACUUACCCUACCCCUUCAACACCGGCUACUACGUCCCCGUCGAGUCUCUCCCUGUCAUCCAGAAUCCCUAUAUCUACGACCAAAACAAUCCUUCAGAAGAUCCGGCAACCGCCGGAUGGGAGGAGAAUAUCCAGCGCGUACUAGGCUAUGUGUACAGCAGGCGUUGGCCGAAUCUGCAAACCAUGGUCGACGACUGUAAGCAAAAGAAGAGGAUGGCGCUGCCUGGGCAUUACAUCCUAGAUCGAGCGUGGACGGAGAGGGACAUUGAGACUGCUGCGAGGCUGAGAGUGUGGGGAGUGCCGAAUGAUGUUAUUGAGGUGAUUGUGGGGUGGCCGAGUGUGAGGCCUACGGAGGAGGACUGGUUGGCUGCGGGCCUUUUCAUGGCGCUUGAGGAUGAUUUGAUUCCACCAGUGCACUGA